AUUUUAAAUGUGGGAUGACUAAAUCCUCUUUUGUAAAGCAAAUAUAAUCUUUAUCAACUUAGACUAUUUCAACUUUGUAUUCACUUCUUAAUUUAAAUGAUUAGAUAUUAGCUUUUUUAGGAAAUAUUUCAUCUUCGAUUUCUUUAAAAUAAGGGUAUUAAGUAUUGAAUGAUUAUUUUAAUUCCUUAACCCCAGUUUUAGAAAGUAAUGUUGGUUUAGAAAGAUCUUCUAGUUUUUUGAACAUAAUUUANGAGAGUACAAUGGCUAUGCGUAGUUUCUUUAAUACUCGAAUAGGACAUUUUAAAGCAAAUGGUACUAAGCAUAAGUUUGUAGUUUGAUCGAAUUA